UUUUUAAUUUUGCUCUUUCUUUUUAAUCUUGGGGCGGAAGAAUACUGUCGCAAGCAUACAGUACCUCGAUAUUAUAUAUAGCAACCGCGAUAAGAUUAAAAUUUUCAUAUUUCAUUGACGUUGGAGAAAGAAAAACCAACUACUCUGCCGGACACCCAUUUCGCUAAAACCUUGAAAAACCUCUCAAGUAUGGAACUUGCUGAUUCUUUGAGGCGUGAUAUGCUAGCUUUUCUUUCACACUCACCUUCACUAAUGUAUUCAGGUACUGAUUUUCUCUUAAAACCCAUUUUCCUACGCGGAUUUUCUGGUUCGUUACACUUAGGUUUGUUACUUGUGUUAGUCGUUUUGUUUGUCUGGAAGAAACUUUGGGUGGGUGAUAGCGAAGGUUCUAAAGAUGGGUUCAAUGAGAAUGAGAGAGUUUUGUGUUACAAACAGACUGUGUUCUGUUGUUUGGGUGUUUCGGUGUUUAGUUUUGUCUGGUGUUUAUUCAGCUACUUCUAUUGGUAUAAAGAUGGUUGGUCUAGUGAUGAACUCGUAACCCUUUUGGAUUUAGUUCUUAGAACAAUCUCUUGGGGUGCACUUUCUGUUUACUUGCACAACCAAUUUUUUGAUUCUGCUAACGCUACGUUCCCCUUUCUAUUGAGAGUUUGGUGGGGCUUCUAUUUCUCUCUUUCUUGUUACUGUAUUGUUGUGGACCUUGUUCUUUAUGGAAAACACGUGUCCUUACAAGUUCAGUAUUUAGCAUCGGAUGCAGUCUCUGUGUUAGCUGGUUUGUUUCUCUGUUAUGCGGGGUUCUUGAAAAUUAAGGGUAAAAACACCCUUCUCGAAGAGCCCUUAUUGAAUGGAGAGUCGAGUAAUAAUUCAGAGUCAACUAAGUCUAGAGGGGGUGACACUGUAACUCCUUACUCAAAUGCUGGUCUCUUCAGUAUCCUUACCUUCUCUUGGGUUGGUUCUCUAAUUGCUCUUGGCAAUAAGAAAACUUUAGACCUUGAGGAUGUUCCUCAACUCCAUAGUGGCGAUAGUGUAGUUGGGGCAUUUCCUGUUUUCAGAAAUAAGCUUGAGUCAGAUAGUGGUGCUUCUCAUGGAGUUACCACGUUUAAGCUCGUGAAGGCCUUGUUCUUCUCAGCAUGGAAGGAAAUUCUUGGGACAGCAUUUUUGGCGGUGUUAUACACGGCAGCUUCUUAUGUUGGUCCAUACCUUAUAGAUGCAUUUGUUCAAUGUCUUAGUGGGCGAGGACAGUUCAAAAAUCAGGGAUAUCUUCUAGCUUCAGCCUUUUUGGUUGCAAAAAUUGUGGAGUGCCUCUCACAGAGGCACUGGUUCUUUAGGUUGCAACAAAUUGGAAUUAGAAUGCGUGCGGUACUUGUGGCAAUGAUCUACAACAAAGGUUUGACCCUUUCAUGCCAGUCAAAGCAGGGCCACACUAGUGGGGAGAUCAUCAAUUUUAUGACCGUUGAUGCAGAGCGGAUUGGUGACUUUAGCUGGUAUAUGCAUGAUCCAUGGCUAGUCAUUAUCCAAGUUGCCUUGGCCUUGUUCAUAUUGUAUAAAAAUCUUGGGCUUGCAUCUGUUGCUGCUUUGGUUGCAACUGUUAUUGUCAUGUUACUGAACUAUCCAUUGGGAAGAUUACAGGAGAACUUUCAGGAAGAGCUGAUGAAAUGUAAAGAUAGAAGAAUGAAGGCAACAUCUGAGAUUUUGAGGAAUAUGAAAAUCCUCAAGCUUCAGGCUUGGGAAAUGAAGUUUUUGUCUAAAAUUGAAGAGCUGCGGAAGACUGAGGCGGGAUGGUUGAAGAAAUUUGUUUACACUUCUUCAAUUGUCAGUUUUGUCUUCUGGGGAGCUCCUACUUUUGUGUCUGUGGCUACUUUUGGUACUUGUAUGCUUAUGGGAAUUCCACUUGAGUCUGGAAAGAUCUUAUCAGCACUUGCCACGUUCAGGAUUCUUCAAGAGCCUAUCUAUAAUCUUCCUGACACAAUUUCAAUGAUAGUUCAGACCAAGGUUUCCCUUGAUAGAAUUGCAUCUUUCCUCCGUCUUGAUGAUUUACAGUCUGAUCUUGUAGAGAAGUUUCCAAGAGGCAGUUCUGACACUGCAAUUGAGAUAAUUGAUGGGAAUUUCUCUUGGGAUUUGUCUUCUCCUAACCCAACAUUAAAAGAUAUCAAUUUUAAAGUAUUCCAUGGAAUGAGGGUUGCUGUAUGUGGUACUGUUGGUUCGGGCAAAUCAAGUUUACUUUCUUGCAUUUUGGGAGAGGUCCCCAAGAUCUCUGGGACAGUCAGGUUGUGUGGUAAAAAGGCUUAUGUUGCGCAGUCACCUUGGAUACAGAGUGGCAAGAUUGAGGAGAACAUAUUAUUUGGUGAGAAGAUGGACAGAGAAAGGUAUGAAAGGAUACUGGAGGCUUGUUCCUUGAAGAAGGACCUGGAAAUCCUCUCUUUUGGUGACCAAACAGUUAUAGGUGAGAGGGGUAUCAAUCUGAGUGGUGGCCAGAAACAAAGAAUACAGAUUGCACGGGCUCUCUACCAAGAUGCUGAUAUCUAUCUAUUUGAUGAUCCUUUUAGUGCUGUCGAUGCACAUACUGGAUCUCAUUUAUUUAAGGAAGUUUUGCUUGGCCUAAUGAGUUCGAAAACUGUUAUUUAUGUUACUCAUCAAGUUGAAUUCUUACCUCCGGCUGAUCUAAUAUUGGUCAUGAAGGACGGAAGGAUUACCCAGGCUGGAAAUUAUAAUGAUAUUCUGAAUUCAGGGUCUGAUUUUAUGGAACUUGUUGGUGCACAUAAGACAGCUCUAUCAGCACUUGAUUCGAAACAGGCAGGGCCAGGUUCUGGAAAUGAAAGCAUCAGCAAGGACAAUAAUGGCGUGGAAAGUACCAAUGGGGUUCCCCAGAAAGAAGAAAACAAAGAUCUACAAAAUGGUAAAGCUGAUGACAUAGCUGAGCCAAAAGGACAGAUUGUUCAAGAAGAAGAGAGAGAAAAAGGUAGAGUUGGGUUUCCAGUAUAUUGGAAGUAUCUUACAACAGCAUAUGGAGGAGCUCUAGUGCCCUUCAUUUUGCUGGCACAGAUUCUCUUUCAGAUCCUUCAAAUUGGUAGCAAUUAUUGGAUGGCUUGGGCAACGCCAGUGUCAAAGGAUGUGAAACCUGUUGUUAGUGGAUACACACUAAUAGUUGUCUAUGUAGCUUUGGCUGUUGGAAGUUCUUUUUGCAUCCUGGCCAGAUCCACACUUCUUGUAACAGUAGGGUACAAGACUGCAACUAUACUCUUCAAUAGAAUGCAUUUCUGCAUUUUCCGUGCACCCAUGUCCUUCUUUGAUUCCACUCCCAGUGGUCGAAUCCUGAAUAGAGCUUCUACAGACCAAAGUGCAGUUGACAUGCAAAUUCCUUAUCAAGUUGGGUCUGUUGCCAUCGCAAUGAUCCAACUUUUGGGAAUCAUUGCAGUGAUGUCUCAGGUGGCAUGGCAAGUUUUUAUCGUUUUUAUACCUGUGAUUGCUGCCAGCAUCUGGUACCAGCAAUAUUAUAUCCCUUCUGCAAGAGAACUUUCGCGUUUGGUUGGAGUGUGCAAAGCUCCAGUUAUCCAACAUUUUGCUGAGACAAUUUCAGGGUCAACAACUAUAAGGAGCUUCGAUCAACAAUUCAGAUUCCAAGAAACAAAUAUGGAACUGAUGGAUUCAUAUUCUCGGCCCAAGUUUAAUAUUGCUGGUGCAAUGGAGUGGCUUUGCAUCCGCUUGGAUAUGUUCUCUGCUGUUACAUUUGCCUUCUCUUUGUUUUUCUUAACCUCUUUCCCAAAAGGAAUCGAUCCAGCCAUUGCUGGAUUAGCUGUGUCAUAUGGACUCAACUUAAACAUGUUACAAGCUUGGGUGAUAUGGAGUAUUUGCAAUAUGGAGAAUAAGAUCAUAUCAGUAGAGAGAAUACUUCAAUAUAUGUCUAUUCCAAGUGAACCUCCUCUUGUAGUAGAAGAAAAUCGGCCCAACAGUUAUUGGCCAUCACAUGGAGAAGUUGAUAUUGGUAAUCUUCAGGUCCGGUAUGCCCCUCACAUGCCACUUGUGUUGCAAGGUCUCACAUGCACUUUCCCUGGAGGGAAGAAAACUGGUAUAGUUGGUAGAACAGGCAGCGGUAAAUCUACUCUCAUACAAACACUUUUCCGAAUUGUUGAACCUGCAGCUGGUCAGAUUUUAAUUGAUGGCAUAAAUAUCUCUACAAUUGGUGUCCACGACCUGCGGUCAAGGCUAAGCAUUAUUCCUCAGGAUCCUACCAUGUUUGAGGGGACUGUACGGAGUAACCUGGACCCUCUUGAAGAGUACACAGAUGAACAAAUUUGGGAGGCGCUUGAUAAGUGCCAGCUUGGAGAGGAAGUUAGGAAGAAGGAUAAAAAACUGGACUCCACAGUUGCUGAGAAUGGGGAGAACUGGAGUAUGGGUCAGAGGCAACUGGUGUGUCUCGGGCGUGUACUACUAAAGAAGAGCAAGGUUUUGGUACUGGAUGAAGCAACUGCCUCAGUUGAUACUGCUACUGAUAAUUUGAUUCAGCAAACGUUAAGGGAACACUUCUCUGAUUGUACUGUCUUAACCAUAGCACAUCGAAUAACUUCUGUUCUCGAUAGCGACAUGGUUCUGCUUCUGAGUCAUGGGCUUAUUGAGGAAUAUGACACUCCAACUAGGUUAUUAGAAAACAGUUCGUCGUCAUUUGCACAACUCGUGGCAGAGUACUCGUCGAGAUCAAAAUCCAGUUUUGAGAAGUAGAAUUGGAUUCAAUGUUCAAGCUUCACAAACCCCAGUUCAUCAGAAAUAAAAUUUGUUGAUGGCCACGAAAAUUAACUCGCAUAAUCAUAGCACCAGGGCGUAGUUAAGGUUACCAACUAGCCAGCUGAAGGUUAUUACAGUCAUGCUUUAGUAAAAUUAGGAUAAAUUUUGUUGGAAUUUAUGCCUUGGCUCAAAGCUUAAAUGUAUUUUGGUUAGUUAAUUUCAGUUAAUUUUUCUUUGAAA